UCUGGAUCAUACUUAGUUAGUUUCUUCCAACAUCAUUCUCACUGGGUGGUGGAAAGAAAUCAUAGUAAUAAUAAUGACCCUUAAGGGUGGGACAACACAGGCUUGUGCAGCAUGCAAAUUCCAGAGAAGAAAGUGCACACCUGAGUGCGUUUUAGCUCCUUAUUUCCCUGCAGAUCAACCUAAGAUAUUCCUUAAUGUUCACAAACUAUUUGGAGUUAGCAACAUUGUCAAGAUACUUAAAAUCUUGGAGCCUACUCAGAAGAAACCGGCUAUGGAUUCGAUUAUCACGCAAGCUAAUUAUAGAGAUAAGUAUCCGGUGCAUGGAUGUUGGGAGGAAAUUUGCAGGCUACAAUAUCAAAUAUGGAUGAUGGAAGAAGAGCUUCAUGCUGUUUAUCAACAACUUGAAAUGUGUCGACAACAACAACAGUUGCCUCAUGAUGAUGUGACUUCGCAGUUAGAAUUGGGAAUGGGACCACGUUCGUCCAAUGCGCUCGCGCUGUUUAAUAACACUCCGCAGCCACAGAAUUAUAACACAGUGGCUGCUCCUUUGUCUGUGUCUCAACAGCAUUCUUACUCCAACAGCAAUAGUAUGGAUUAUAAUAACUCUCCUCUCUAUAUGGAUUCGAAGGAUAAUGUUACGAAUCCGAAUUUGUGGCUUCAGUGCCCUUACACUAAUAGCAAUGGCAAUUCAAUAACAAUGCAACCUCAUCAGUUGAUUGCCUCAGAGUCACAACAACCACUGUCAUCUGUUCAACAAGGAGUUGUUGAAGAUAAUUAUGAUGAAAUGCAUUCGUUUUUUGAUACGGUUGAUGAUAGGCAAUCAUACAUUUAUUCUAAGGAGGCUUAUGAAUCAAGUUCAGAAGAAUCAUUGAAAGAUACAAGAAAGUGCACUGAGCAUGUUUCUGAGAAUGAACUGAAGAGUGCUGCUGCUUGUUUCAGCCUUACCAGUGUCAACUGAUCAGUACUGUGUUUGCCAUCCUUUCUUCAACAAAAAGAAAAACUGAACUGGGUUUCAUUUUUUCCAUUCCUUCUUGGAUUUUUUUUUGGUAAUCUUGUCAUAGUUGAGUUUCCAAUCAUGCACUUGUCAAUGUAUUAAAUAGAAGCAGAUACCUCUUCAACUGUCUAUCAAAUUUUGUUGGUUAUAUUGAGAAGGCAGAGAAUAAUACCUAGAUAUGACAUUUUCAUCAAUCUGUACUGAUUAUUUGACUGU